AUGUGGUUGUGGAAGGUUUUGCUGAUUACUGCUAUCGAGACAGUACAUGCGGCAUCCCGAGAUCAAUGGCUUGAUCGGUCGGUCUACCAAGUGGUCACCGAUCGCUUCGCUCGAUCCGAUAACUCAACCACCGCGUCCUGCAAUGCCGGACUGGGAGAUUAUUGCGGUGGAAGUUUCCAAGGUAUCAUCAACAAGCUGGAUUAUAUCCAGGAACUCGGCUUCGACGCAAUAUGGAUUUCUCCGGUGCAAAAACAGGAAUCAAAGCGCACGGCAAAUCUACUAGCGUACCAUGGAUAUUGGCCAAACGACCUGUAUUCCAUUAACUCCCAUUUCGGCACUGCAAAAGAUCUCCGAGCGUUAUCCACAGCGUUGCAUGCGCGUGACAUGUUUUUGAUGCUGGACGUUGUCGUUGGGGACAUGGCCUGGGCGGGAAAUGCCUCCAGUGUUGACUACAGCACGUUCAACCCUUUCAACGAUCGGAAGUAUUUCCACGACUACAGACUGCUUUCAGACGACCCCCAAAAUCGCACAUGUGUUCUAGAUGUAAUUCUAUCAUCGCAUGUUAUGAGAGCAUUGCUAACUAUUCAUCAGUGCUGGAUGGGAGAUGAUACCAUUUCGCUUCCAGAUCUCCGGAAUGAGGAUGAGGAGGUCCAGAACAUGUUGGGCACCUGGGUCUCGGAGUUGGUUUCAAACUAUUCGAUUGAUGGCUUGCGAAUCGACAGUGUCUUGAACAUUUCCCCCGACUUCUUCGCCAAUUUUACCAAGUCAGCAGGCAUUUUCACCAUGGGUGAAGGUGCUACGAGAGACGCCUCUGGUUACUGUGAUCUGCAGCCCAGUAUAAGCGGACUUUUGAACUACCCGUUGUAUUAUAUCAUGUCAGAGGCCUUCAACACGACCAACGGAGAUCUAAACAGGGUUGUGCAGUCUAUUGAGCAUACCAGAGAAAGUUGCCAGGACAUAGUGACCCUAGGAACAUUCACAUCGAAUCAAGAUGUUCCGCGCUUUGGCUCGUAUACUUCAGACAUAUCGCUGGCGCGAAACAUUCUCACCACCAGCAUGCUCGCUGACGGUAUUCCUAUCCUUUACUACGGGGAAGAACAACACCUGACAGGUGGAUUCAACCCUGUCAAUCGGGAAAGUCUAUGGCUUACCAAAUACUCCAUGAACUCAACGUCGCUUCCUUCGCUGGUCCAGUCGUUGAAUGGCAUUCGAUCAUACGCGAGCAGUGACGGAGAACGCGCUACGGUCGCUCCGAAAUCAGGCAAGGACUAUCUUUCUUAUCUCACACUGCCAAUUUACAAUUCGACACACAUUUUGGCAAUGCGCAAGGGGUUCGCCGGUAAUCAAGUUGUGAGUGUGGUGUCUAAUCUGGGAGCCAAACCGGCCAAGAAAGCCACCACCAAAAUCACCCUUGGCUCUGACGGUACUGGAUUCUCAUCCAGGCAAAAUGUGACUGAGAUCCUUUCUUGCAAGACAUUUAUGACUGAUUCAAAGGGAAAUCUUGAUGUGGAUCUCAGCUCGGAUGGAGGGCCUCGGGUGUACUAUCCUUCUGAAAGUCUCAACCGAAGCAGCAGUAUUUGCGGGAAUCACACCAAGACAUCAACAGCCUCGUCUGCGAAUCCGAGCACUUCUACCGGUGGAGGCAUUUCUUUAUUUCGUUUGCCGUGGGAGAUUAGGACACCGAUAGUCGCGGCUAUCUUGACCGUAUCCUACUUCUCCAUCUAA